CAGUUCGAUUUAAAUUCGCGAACCGCCAUUUGCCGUCAACUUCGUGUUCUGCCGGAACAACGAUAUCCACCACCGUUAUUUGCGUUGUUUGUUUUUACGGUAAAUAGGACAUUCGAAAAUGAAAAUCGAAGAUUAAGAAUAUACCAUCUGUAACUUUGCUUCUGUUCUCUGCCACUCCCUGCGUAUAUUUUUCCGACAGUAAUCUUGUUAAUUGUACAUCCAGAAUCCUGAGACUGAAUUGGGCAUAAUAUGUACAGGAUUACUGGAUAUCUCACUCCGUCCUUGGCUAAAUCAUUCAACAUUCAUAAUGUUGCCAGAGAAGCUCAUCAAAGUUGCAAGAUUCUGGUCAUUGGCGGAGGGACGGCAGGCUGCACAAUGGCAGCAAAAUUUACAAACAAGUUCAAGAAUGCCAAGGAUCGGGUCAUCGUCGUCGAACCCAGCGAGACGCAUUAUUACCAACCGAUGUUUACACUAAUCGGUGGCGGAGUAAAGCCUUUUGAAUCAUGCCAUGAAAAGAUGGAAAAAGUUUUGCCAAAGAGUGCAAAGUGGGUGAAGGAUAAAGUGACUAAAUUUGAUCCAAAAUCAAAUACAGUCAUUGUUGGUAACGGUGAUUCGAUAGAGUAUGAAUAUUUAAUUGUCGCUACCGGUCUUCAGCUACAUUGGGACAAGAUCCCUGGUCUUAAGGAGGCCUUGAAAGACGACAAAGUUCCCGUCUGUUCAAUAUAUGGUCCAGAUACGGUUGAAAAAGUAUUUAAAAUCAUUAAAAAUACCAAAAGUGGAACGGCAUAUUUCACGUUCCCAAGUUCUCCAGUAAAGUGUCCAGGCGCACCACAGAAGAUUGCAUAUCUCGCCGAAGAUUACUGGCGGAAUAAACAAAAACUCCGAGAUAUUAGAGUUACUUAUAACACAGCGUUACCAGUUAUCUUUGGUGUUAAAAAGUAUGCGGAUGCUCUAUGGAAAAUCUGUGAAAAAAGAAAAAUCGAUGUCAAUUUGCAAACUAACUUAAUCAAAAUAAUACCUUCAAAGAAUGAGGCAGUGUUUGAGAAUUUGAAGAACCCUAAUGAAUCUCGGACAGUAACAUUUGCAAUGCUGCAUGUUACUCCGCCAAUGGGCCCACCUGACGUCUUAAAAAGUCACCCUGAACUCACUAACGAGGCAGGAUUUUUGACAGUCGAUCCUCAAACCCUGCGUCACGUCAAAUAUCCGAACAUUUUUGGUCUAGGUGACUGUACCGAUACCCCAAACUCUAAGACCAUGGCAGCAAUAGCUUCUCAAUCUAAAGUAGUUUUUGGAAAUAUCACGUCAGAUUUGGAUGGAAAACAAGCUAAAGAAACAUACGAUGGUUAUGCAUCAUGUCCGCUAGUUACCGGAUAUGGGAAAUGUAUUUUGGCUGAAUUCAACUACAAACUAGAGCCUACAGAGACUUUUCCAAUGAACCAGGCCAACGAAUACUUCAUUAUGUACCUAAUGAAGAAAGAUUUCUUCCCAUAUUUAUACUGGAAUUGGAUGCUGAAAGGCCGCUGGAACGGCCCUGCAGUUUUUCGAAAAUACCUCAACUUGUUUUCGAAUAAAAAUAACGUCAAGGAGGCAGCAGCCAAGACGACGUGAACUCAGAUGCGUAAAAGAGAAAAUGUACAGACGAUGUUAACUUGGCAUCAUAUCGAUCUAUGUUUCUAUUUUUUUUAAACAGUUGUACAUAGAAUAAUGUAUAUUUUUUCAACCCUAUACGGAUUAGUAUAUAAGUAUGUGUAUAUCAAUGGAAUAAAUGCAUCACAUGUUUC